AUGGCGCCCGAAUCCGCCAGCGCAGCGGCUGGCCGCACCAGACAGUACUUUCAAGAGAGUGAAGAAGACCGCAUAACGAGAACAUAUGCAAAAUUUCCCGAAUUCGAAGCCGAUAUGCCCAAACUCGUGAAUCGAUUCCAGUUCUCCUUCAAGGACAACAUUACAUCCUAUCUCGGUCGCAAUAACCCCUUCUACCAGAACGUCAAUCCGGAGACAGAUUACGUAUGGCUUCUCGACACUACCGCCUUCCAGAACCGAUUAGGGCGGUGGAAAGCUGAAUUCGUCGCUGCUUACUUUGUCCAAAACAGCGGCAAGGACGUGUCGGAAGUGGUGGCAUGGGUCAGUGAAAAGAUUGGCUUAGCAGAUGACGAAGAAGCCAAAGCAACCAUCGCGAAGAGAAUCCAACCCUUUGCUGACUCGAUCCUUCCCGCACACGCUGUCGAGAUUGACCUCUUUGGCAUGAACGUCAGACUCGGGCCUAGUGGGCGCGAUGGCAUCAGCUCGGAUGAGCUCGCUGUUCCUGGCACCGACUACAAGGACGGCGAAGUUGUCACUUCCAAAGCCAUCAACGCUGAUGCAACGCCUUUCAACAUCACCUUUGCCAAGCCAAAAGGUUGGGCUGUUCUAAGUGACAUUGACGACACGAUUAAGAAAACACUUACAUCCUCGCCUGUUGGCAUCCUGACGACAACCUUUGCCGAAGAGCCAGAGCCCAUCAAAGGAAUGCCAGAGCUCUAUAAGCACAUCGUCCAGAAGCUCGAGAACCCACCCUUCUGGUACCUCUCUGCCUCACCCUACAACUUGUACCCAUUCCUACGCGACUUCCGCGAAACCUACUACCCGUCAGGCACCAUGAUUCUACGUGACGCAUCGUGGAUGAAUCUCGGGGGUUUCCUCGCCAAUCUCACUCAAGGCACCGAAUCCUACAAAGUCGACCGCCUCGAGAAAGUGAAUGGGUGGUUCCCCAAGCGCAAGUUCAUCGUUAUCGGCGAUUCCACGCAAUCAGACCCCGAAGCGUACGGUGAAGCGUAUCGGAGACACCCCAAGUGGAUCGGCGCAAUUUACAUUCGCAAGGUGACGGGUGUUGCAGAAAUGGAUGAGAACAAGAAGAAUGAUCCUGAACGCUUCGAGAGAGCGUUCAAGGACGUGCCGAGGGAUAUUUGGUAUGUGUUUGAGGAUCCGCAGGAGCUCUAUGCGAAGAUCGAUGCUUUGCCGCAGAUCAACAUGGCGAAACGACCCUACGAUGAUACCGAUCCACGACCCAUGUACAUGCUCCUCGUCCUUGCGAUUGCCCUAUGCGCCUAUUCCUUCUGGAUAGGUACCGUCUGCGUGCGCCUCUACUUCUACAAAGGCGCCCUUGGCCCUGAGCCCGAGAAAUUCAUCAUUUUAACGAAGGAGCUUAAAGAGCGGUACCGCAAAUCGAUGCUCGCUGGCAACUGCGAUGAUGUACAACAGGACCUUGAUUAUCACUCCACCACUGUCAAAGACAGACGCAUCACAGUGUUCCCGCAUGUCGCUCCCCCGGGUCCUGACUCUCCAGAAACCAUGCUGAACACGGCACUCGAUCCUCGACGCUUCUCUACUCUGCCUACAAUCAACCUCCAAGAUGUCGCCGACUCUGACGAUUUCGACGACCCCAAACUGCGCAGUUUUGUCGCAGAGGAGGUGCGCAUCUCGAGGCUCCCGGCCUUUGUGCAAGACGACUGCGGUGACGGGUCGGAGUUUCCCGAUAUACCUAUCGCGCUGGAGCCCAUUGAGGAACACGCUGGCACGCCAGAUAUAUCCCCGCUAAGAAAGACGGAAGAGUACCUGCGCUUAGGAUUGAAGAGGGUAGAUCGUAGCGAGUGGCUGGCGGUCGACAACACGUACAUUGAGUUCCACGAUGCGCGACACUCACUUCUUAAGAUGAAGGAGACGGAAUGUAUCCAAGUGAAGCAGGAAGGCGAAACCGCGUGCGCAGAACUAAUGCACGAAAUUGUCGAGUUCGUGACAGAAAAGUACCCACAUCACUUCAAUCUACCAGAUAUUCUCAAGCUGUCCGACCUCUCCCCUUACUCCUUCGCCCCGUCGCUAAUGUCCCGUACCGAGACAUACAUCCAGACCCGCCCCGACCGGCGUACACUGGGCGAUGUACUCCACAUCCAGCGACCGGCAGAUUUCUUCGCGGGGAACAUAUUCAAUCUCACGCCCAAGGACCUCCUUGUGCGCCGCGAGACGCAGAUAUUUCGCCGACUGCCCAAGUCAGCUGCUAUUGUGUUCAGUUCCAAAACUAGCACGACGCGAUUGGUUGAGUUGAGUAGGAUUGAGAGGAGGGAACUGCUACGAGAGGUGGAGGGCUGGAAUGAGGACGUGGCAAGGUUCAAGGGUAGGGAUCUUUGGAUUACGGCUGUCGAGGGGUAUUGUUUGGGUAAGCCUGUCUUUAGAGAUGAUACGACAGUGUUUAGUAGGGGCUCUUAG